AUGGUUGAAGUCAAUCUUCAAGAGAUCCACGAUCUCUUGAUCGAAAUUGCUCAUGAGGCGGGUGUACGAAACUCUCUACCCCCUUCAUUCAUCUUUCCAAAUACAAUCACCCCUAACAUCCCGCCUCAUCAAGCCGCCGACCUCGUAACCGAAACCGACAAAGCAGUUGAAGCAAUGGUCUCCACCCGUCUCACCACCGCCUACCCAACCUACUCUUUCAUCGGCGAAGAGACCUUCAUUCAAGGCGAAACCAAAUUGACCUCGGCCCCAACCUUCAUCUGUGACCCCAUCGACGGCACCACAAACUUCGUCCACGCCUACCCCGCCUUCUGCAUCUCCCUCGGUUUCGUCGUCGAUAAAGUUCCCAGCGUUGGAAUUAUAUAUAACCCCUUCACCGGCGAUCUCUUCACUGGCAUCAAAGGACACGGCUCAUUCGUAACACGGAGAGAUGGGGAAAAAUUUAGCUUACCGCUUAAAAAAGAACCUGAGCCGUUAAAUGAUCUAAGUACCUGUCUCGUAACAGCCGAAUGGGGUUCCGAUCGCUCAGGACAUAAUUUUGAUCUCAAAUGCGAUGUAUUCAGAAAGUUAUCCGCGGCAAAAGAAGAUGGAGGCUCGAUGGUACAUUCCUUAAGGUGUUUGGGGAGCGCGGCGUUAAAUUUAGCGCAUGUGGCGAGUGGACAGCAAGAUGUUUUUUGGGAGGGGGGUUGUUGGGCUUGGGAUGUUGCGGCCGGAUGGUGUAUUUUGAUUGAGGCGGGCGGGAUUAUGGUGGGGGGCAAUCCGGGCGAGUGGAAUUGUGAGGUUGAUGGGAGGAAGUAUUUGGCGGUUAGAGGGGCCCCAAGUGGUCAAGAGGGCAUUGUGGAGGAGUUUUGGGGGGUGGUUGGGGAUAGAAAAUUGAUUUAUGAGAGUUAG